UUAGUUGACAGCCAGCUCAACAAAAUGCUCAAAGGACGUAAGCGAAAACCGGCAGACCACAAACCCUCACCGUCGCCGGGAAAGCUAAUCAAACAAACCAAUCUAACCAUACCCGACCCGUACCCGACCUGCCUCCAUCCCACACCGGAAGAAUGCCGUGCUGUUCGUGAUGACCUUUUAGCCUUUCACGGAUUCCCUCAACAAUUUGCGAAAUACCGCCAACAAAGACUAAAAAAACUUGUUGAAAACGACGUCUUAAAUGAAUCAGAAACGACGACGGAUGAGGAAAGCGUAUUGGAUGGACUAGUGAGCAUAAUAUUGUCACAAAAUACAACUGAUGCCAAUUCACGAAAGGCAUUUGCUUCACUUAAAUCUGCUUUCCCUACUUGGGAUCAUGUACUUGCUGCUGAUUCAACAUGUAUCGAGAAUGCUAUUAGAUGUGGAGGUAUGGCCCCGACAAAGUCUUCUUGUAUUAAGAAUAUGUUAACUGGCCUGCUUGAGAAGAGAGGGAAGCUAUGUUUGGAGUAUCUUCGGGAUUUGUCGGUUGAUGAAGUCAAGGCAGAGCUCUCUCAGUUUAAGGGGGUUGGGCCUAAAACGGUGGCAUGUGUACUGAUGUUUAAUCUUCAGCUUGAUGAUUUCCCUGUAGAUACACAUAUCUUUCAGAUAGCGAAAGCAAUUGGGUGGGUGCCCAUUGAGGCGGACACUAAAAUGACUUAUCUUCAUCUCAACAAGAGAAUACCAGAUGAACUGAAAUUUGACCUGAAUUGUCUCUUGUUCACUCAUGGUAAGGGGUGCCGAAUAUGCAUUAGGAAACCAGAUAAGAAGCAAAAGAAGGAAGAUGUUUCAUGCCCGUUACUUAACUACUUGAUACAAAAAUAGGCUUUCAUCUUUUAGUUAGUAGUAAUCUCACUUUGCUGAAAUGUAUAGAAGACUGGAGCAAAGUUUUUUGGAUGAGUAUGUUAUCUCUUUAGUUAAUUUUUAUGAAUCAUCACUCUUUAUGUAUGUAUACUAUGUACCCAAUAGUCGGACCCUUUUAUGUUGUAUACAUGUCAUAUUUAAAUAGUAUAAGCAUGUUAACGUGUGUA